CUGCUUUCAUGCAAUUCUCGCCCGCUUCUUCUUCGUUAACGUGGUCUUUGGAGUUGAACGCCAACCCUAGCUCUCGCCGUCUCUCUUUCCCUCGCCGCCGUUAGGGUUCCGUCCAUUUCCCCCUAUUUUCUCGACUAUUUUCUCGCUCCUCUCUUUCCCUUUUCUUUCAACCUCCUCUCCCUUUCGGUCGCCGAAUUCUGAGAUCUCUGAACGAGUUUUGGUUUUGUGUCCGUGUUCGUUUUCUUUCUGUGUUGUUUCGUGUAUUCUUCAUUUUCUUUGUGGUCAGAGCGGAUCUGUAUGGUGAGAUUUAUUCAGAAAGUUUAGAUCUUUGCCGGGUUUUUGAGUUUUUAGGCCUUUCAGGUUGUGUUUUGGUUGGAAAAUCGUCUUCUGACGGUCAGGCGUGGGGAUAAUUGAGUGUCAUAAGGGUGAGUUAGGGUCCGGAUCUGUUUUCUCCGAUCUUUAUUGCUUCUUUUGAGGGGGUAGCCGGGGCUCCGGCCUCGGCGGGUUCUAAAGCCCCCACCUUCACAAUCGAAGAUCUAAAACCCUAUAUUUUUUUCAUCAUUUUCAUUUUGUUUUGAUAUCGGGGAAGAGAUGCCGGCCCUGGCUUGUUGCGUAGAUGCUGCUGUUGCACCUCCCGGCUACGCCUUUGCCGGGGAUAGCUCUCUUCCCGCGCCGGUGCCAUUCGCCGGCGAUCCUCUGGCGACAAACGACGCUGCAGCUCUCCCGACCGGCGAACAUUCUCAUUGGUCCCCAUCCCUCUCGGCGGAUUUGUAUAGGAUCGACGGUUGGGGGGCGCCGUACUUCUCCGUUAACACCUCCGGCAACAUUUCUGUUCGUCCGUACGGUAAGAACACCCUUCCUCAUCAAGAGAUUGAUCUGAUGAAGAUCGUUAAGAAAGUUUCGGAUCCGAAAUCUGCGGGAGGACUCGGUUUGCAGCUUCCUCUCAUCGUUCGAUUGCCUGAUGUGCUCCAGAAUCGUCUGGAGUCUCUGCAGUCUGCGUUCGACUUCGCAAUCCAAUCUCAAGGCUACGAAUCUCACUACCAAGGUGUUUUCCCCGUGAAAUGCAAUCAGGACCGGUUCAUCGUGGAAGAUGUCGUGAAGUUCGGGUCGGCUUUCCGGUUUGGCCUCGAAGCUGGUUCCAAACCGGAGCUCCUUCUGGCCAUGAGCUGUUUGUGCAAAGGAAACCCUGAAGCUCUUCUGGUCUGCAAUGGCUUCAAAGAUGCUGACUACAUUGCGCUUGCUCUGGUUGCGAGGAAACUUGCUUUGAAUACUGUGAUCGUCCUUGAGCAAGAGGAAGAGCUUGAUCUGGUGAUUAAUCUAAGCCAGAAGCUUUCCGUGCAUCCGGUGAUUGGUGUCCGAGCCAAGCUGAGGACUAAGCACGCGGGCCAUUUUGGGUCCACGUCUGGCGAGAAAGGGAAGUUUGGGUUGACUACGAUACAGAUUUUGCGAGUAGUAAGAAAGCUUGAACAAGCAGGAAUGCUUGAUUCUCUGCAAUUACUGCAUUUCCACAUCGGAUCUCAGAUUCCUUCUACAGACUUGCUCGCAGAUGGGGUCAGUGAAGCUGCUCAGAUUUACUGUGAAUUGGUCCGUCUCGGUGCCCAUAUGCGAGUCAUUGACAUUGGAGGGGGUCUCGGUAUUGAUUAUGAUGGAUCGAAGUCGAGUGAGUCUGAUAUUUCUGUUGGUUAUGGGCUUGAAGAGUAUGCUAUGGCAGUAGUUCGAGCUGUCCAGCAUGUAUGUGAUCGCAAGUCAGUGAAACACCCUGUGAUUUGCAGUGAAAGUGGCCGGGCUUUAGUCUCUCACCAUUCAAUUUUGAUCUUUGAGGCUGUUUCGGCAAGUGUACAUGAUUCACCUGCUACUUCACUCAGUUUACAGCGCUUUGUGGAGGGACUUUCUGAGGAAGCCCGUGUUGAUUACCAGAAUCUGGCUGCUGCUGCAGUUAGUGGCGAGUAUGAGACUUGCUUGCGUUUUGCUGAUCAAUUGAAGCAAAGAUGUGUUGAUCAAUUCAAGGAAGGGUCGUUAGGUAUUGAACAGCUUGCUGACGUUGAUGGGCUGUGUGACUUGGUUUCCAAGGAGGUUGGUGCCACUGAUCCAGUGCGCACUUACCAUGUGAAUUUAUCAGUCUUCACAUGUAUUCCUGAUUUCUGGGGUAUUGGGCAGCUGUUCCCUAUAGUCCCCAUUCACCGACUCGACCAGAGGCCUGGGGCGAGGGGGAUUUUAUCGGAUUUGACCUGUGACAGUGAUGGGAAGAUUGAUAAGUUCAUUGGCGGUGAGUCAAGCUUGCCUCUGCAUGAACUAGAAGGUUCAGAUGUUGUUUUUGGUGGUAGUGGGAAGUACUACUUGGGGAUGUUCUUGGGCGGGGCUUACGAGGAGGCGCUCGGUGGUUUGCACAAUCUGUUUGGUGGCCCGAGUGUUGUUCGGGUGUUGCAGAGCGAUGGACCUCACAGCUUCGCAGUGACGCGUGCCAUGCCAGGGCCUUCCUGCGGAGAUGUGCUCCGAGUGAUGCAGCAUGAGCCUGAGCUCAUGUUCGAGACGCUUAAGCACCGCGCUGAGGAGUGCGGUCACGAGGAUGGUAUGACCAAUGGUUCUCUUGCUAGUGGACUUGCCCUUUCCUUCCACAAGAUGCCCUAUCUUGUGGCGGGUUCUUCUUGCUGCAUGACUAACAGCGGUUACUAUUAUGGCAAUGAAGACAACUACAAUCGUGCUGCUGAUUCUGCUGCUGGGGAUGAUGACCAUUGGUCUUACUGCUUUGCUUGAGCUAGUCUUGGCAUCCCCAUGUUUUGUUUGUCCUGGAGGUCGCCUUAAUUUUUUUUCCUUUUUUUUUUUUUUUUUUAAAAUUUGGUUAGAACAGUUUUCUGAAUUCUGUGAAGAAGAGAGGGGAAUGGGCCCGAAUCAGACCCUUGUAAAUUCGGAAUCUUAUUCCCCUUUUUCUGUAAUCUUUUUAUUUCCAUCUAGUAAACUUUGGAAAUUUUAGUUUAAAAA